UGGAAAGCACUGCCCCCCCCUGUUACGACAAUAUGUCUACAUGACGAAAGCCUGGCACGAGCGACAAGAACUGCAAUUCUAGCUCGCCCCCCCCCUAGCAUGGUAAGAAACAGCAUGGCAGUGAUGUUUCUCUCGUUUUCAUCAAUCUGCAGCCCCUUGCGGGUCGUGGCGCCUACCAUUUUCCGCAGUGUGCUGGCCAUUGGGAUGGCGAUGCUCUACAACCCGUUCACGGGCUUCGUGGCCACAACUGCUUCUACGAUGCAAGACGCGAGGACCCCAAUGCAGUCCGCAGCCACAGCGCCGUUCCAUACUGCCCCCCACCGCGGCUUUGGGCCACUUGAUCAUAGAAGCGGAGAUGGAUUUAGAUUGCAAGCGGAAGAAAGUAGAGCAGGAAAUCAACAUAGCGAAUCUUCCUCAUGCUCCAGCACAUCAACACAACACUCACAUCCCCCUCCUCCACAACAACACGUAAACCCCGCUCAUCAAGAAAAACCAGACGACCCCCGGAAUUUCCCGCUUUUCCCGAGACUUCGGGAACAGUAUCUAGCGCAGCACUGUCUAACCGUGGAGAAACAACUACUCGGGGAGCCGAACCUCCUCACGCCAGCGCAUCUAUGGGCGCAGUCAUUUAUGGGCGCCUCCACCACGCUGCAGGCGUCGCCAAAGGACCUGGCCGAAGUGAAAAGCCUUGGCAGAAAGCUCCAAGUUGCCUGUGAGGCGCUGGAACAACGGAAGCAACAGGGACUGGCGCUGGUUUCGACUGGUUGUAGCAAAAGGAAGCGGGCCGCAGGGGCGACUGGCGUAGGUGAAGAAGAGGAGCUAGCACAAGAAGAAGCAGCGGAGCCGUCGAGCACGCCUGAUGCAGUAGUACAGGAGGGUCUUCCAGUGCAUGCGCAGUCAACUACAGUGGGUGGGUCGUCGUCGUCCUGGUCGACCUCUGCUUUGGAAAAUGAUAAAUCUUCUGCAUCUUCAAGCUCGUGCUGUCCUGCUCCAUGCAGGACUACCACCACCGCCAUCGACGAUGGACUGUCCACUCUUCAAAACAACAUCAACUCUGCACUGCUGCCCCAAAAAAACCAGUUCCGCAAAACCCGACUGGAACUAGCACAGAAGAAGCUCGCGCAGUGGCAACUGUAUCGAGACAAGGCUCUUCAGACUUUGCUUUCUGCAAUCGAAAAACGGAACGCGGCCAGGGAGAAGCUGUUUCUGAUCAACCGGAUGAAAAUGAAUACGAGCGUGCAAAACUGCCCUUUCCCCUCAUUUGUGAUGCAAAACGCCGACUCCACGUCCACCUGUACUCUUGCGUUGAAGCAACAUUGUUUGCAUGACAAAUUUUGGAUGAAACUGACACCGUACUACAAUCCAUGUGCAGAUUUGUGAUGCGAAGUGCCCACUUCUCACGUUGCUUGUGUUGCUGCUCGCGCAUCGCGAAUGAGGAGCAGAGGGGGGGUUGUGCACUUUUCAUAAUUCACGAAGAAAAUUUACAUCCGGCGGACCAUCUCCCAUUUUUACGGUUCAACGCAGACAGCGGCGAGCAGCGGUACCUGGCGAGCAGAGCAGGAUAUCAAAUGCAAAUAUGUCUGGGUCUGGAAACUUGUGAUGCGAGUCCGUGAACAGCUAGUGCUCUGUAAUGCGCCACCAAGCAUGACAACUCUUUUCGUGCUUCUGUGCUGUGUAUUUUGCAUGAGAAGCUGCGUAUUGCAUGACAGGCGGGAGGACCUCCUGGUGGCCACGCAAUACAGUUGACAAAGAAGUCAUGCCAGACUAGCAUAACAAGUCCCGCAAUCUUCCAGACCCAGACAUAUUUGCAUUUGAUACGGGAGCGGGAGGGCACCAGCAUCUACUCCAAACCAAUACCAACAUGAACUUACCUUCCUCCUCCUCCUCUUCCUCUGAUGCAGAGCUGCAGCAGAAACAUUUCAACAACCAAAGAUUGGAAUUCCUCCAUCGCCCGCUACUAGUCAGGAUGUCGCUGAGCUACCACCAGGCGGACAUCGACAGGAGGCAGGAAGAGUUGGCCGAACUAGACCGAAAGCUGAAAAUCCUCGAAACGCAACUCCACUCAGCGGAAGUGCAGGACCCGAUUGGGACCGCGUUCUGGCAGGUCGUGUGUUUGUGCCGAAGCGACUUGGGAAAAUCCGGGUACGAGGGCGAAUUGGCGGCGGAGGUGCUCGAGUUUUUGUGCUGUCAGGAGGAGAAUAACGAAAACGCGAUAGUUGGGGAGGAACGAAGAAGGCCAGGAGGCUGCGACGACACUAGUGCCCAUCAUGCAGCGGUAAUAGUCAAUCCUGAGAACAACUACGCUGCAGUGGGUGCUGCAGUUCCGAUGGAGGACGAGUAGAAACCUUUUCGACGACGAGGCGAUAUAAGUUAUUUCCAGUGCUGCCGUUCGCGUUUCUUCGAUUUGGUUCGUGCAAAUGAUAGCACUGUAGAAAAUCCUUGUGGUUAAUGUCCUAGAACUUGAUGUACACUAUCCAAAUGUAUUUAAAUGACCCCGACAGGGCCCUGUUUCGAUUUUCCUUUGUUUUUGUGAGGAUCGCGUUCUCUUUUCAGUAUGUGACUACAAACAAUUUUGCAAUUUUCCAGACAGCACGAGCAUGAGUUUCGUAAUGUCAUCACUCCACGAACAUGAACAACUCGUUCUCGUUUUUGUCGCAGUUGUAAUGCUUGAUUGGUGCGAUUACGCACCGCAUUAUAUGAACUCGAUACUCCUUUUGUCAAAACGCAACAGUGAAAAGAAAAGAAGAGGUGGUCAUCAUUUUCCCAAUACCGUUUCACAAGAU